AUGAAGUCAGGGAGCGCUAUCGCAGACCUGCCGAUAGGUAAUGCCAUGUCAAAUGCAGCCACUAGGUACCUCACCAACUUGCCUUCCUCGGAAGAUAACAACUACUACAAAGCCUUUUGUCCGCCACAGGUGCUCUCUCAGCCGGGUACGAUUUAUAAUCGCGCGCGACAGCCUAUUUCCACUUGGGCGGAUGCAGUAGCCGGGAUCGCCUUCGGAGGGCUUGUUCCUCUGGCUGGUACGCAACUAAUUCAAGCUGUCAGAUUCACCGUUAGUGGUGGCGAGGGCUUAGGAAGAGGUAAUGAGUUAUUAGAGAGGAUCAUCAAUGUUGUUGACGAGCAAACCGCAAAGUGGCUACCAGGCCUGCACCUCUUCGGUCGUCAACAAGUUAGUUUUGGGAGUCUCUAUAGGAGCACCUUACUUAUCGACUUCUAUCUCAGUGAGACAGAUUACGAUGUCCGAAACGUGGUGUGGAGGCUAGAUCGGUAUUCAACAUUGAUUGAGCGUCUUACAGCAGCAUACCAGGGAGAAGGAAUUGAUGAUGCGACAACUCGGUCAAAGGAAGUCUACGAGCGAACUUGUUAUGAGAUUCAGCUUUACUUCAAUCAGGCCUUGGGCAGACAUAAUAACCAGCGGCCAGGGCCACGAGGAUUGAGUCCGCGUGAAAAAAGCACCCAAUACAACCUCAAUUCCUUCUUUCAAGGGGGCGGUAGAGGCGGCCACGAAACUAACACCGGAGACAGGGCUAGCCCUCCUUCCGAGAUAGGUCCUGUAGAGCAGUCAGAAGGGAGCUCUGUCGACAAUGAUUUACAAGGAGUUCUAAAUCUCCUGAGUCAAGAUCCCGCCGAUCGUCCUUUAACUGCUGCACAUGUUGCUAAGGUGGCGCGUUGUAUUAUCAUGAUGUGGACAUAUAUUGUGGGUGUCAUGGUAUGGGAAAAAGAAGAUGAAGAGGAUGCUCAUGGGGAUGCUCUUUCACCAAGUAGGUAUAAGCCUGUGCCAUUCGGAGACUUGCCAGAUGUCUCAGCAUGGAGGUAG